AUGCAGCCACCCGGUCCAACGCUUGUUAUUGGAACACCGUGCUCACCUACGGGAACUAAACAGAUGGGUAUUGAUCCCGGACUAAGUAAAGAAAACCCUGUCCUGGUGGUCGUCGUUAACCAACCUCAGACAGGGGGUCCCCUUGGACCCACUCGUCACAGCUAUGACUCUGGUACUGGCGAAACUUCGACAAGAGCCCACCUGCAUAUUAACUCUGGUGGCGCCCAAUUGGCCGACCAAGACCUGGCUUCCGCUCCUGCUGGAAAUGAUAGUCGAAACAUCGGUAGUGCUGCCGGACAUACCGGACUUGCUGUUCCAACCAGACGGCACACUACCAACAAGCCCAGCAGUGUACCACUUACAUGCAUGGAGGCUCUCAGUAGAUUGUGCAGACGAAAGGGAAUUGUAUAUUGUUCCACUUCCACGGAUGUUUAUGCUAAUUUAGCAUUUGAAGAUUGGGCAUAUGAGAAUUGGAAUUUUAGUGAUGUGCACAUGUUGCUACUAUGGAGAAAUGAUGCAAGUGUUGUUAUAGGACGACAUCAGAAUCCCUGGAAUGAAUGUGAUAUACCUAAACUACAACAUCACAACGUAAAAUUAGCAAGAAGAAAAAGUGGUGGUGGUGCUGUCUACCAUGACUUGGGUAAUUUGAAUAUUUCAUUCUUCACAUCAAGAAAGAAGUAUGAUAGGAGAGCCAACUUGACAUUGAUAAUGACAGCACUGCAAAAUAGUUGGCCGCAUAUUGAUAUAAAUCUGUCACAUCGAGAUGAUUUAAUGCUGAACAAAGACUAUAAAAUAUCUGGUUCAGCCGCUAAACUUGGUAGAACCACAGCUUACCAUCAUUGUACAUUGUUAUUUGAUGUCAACACAUCUCUACUCAAUGAUAUUCUGCAGUCACAUCUG